UCACCUGACAUCAAAUAUGACUGAUGUGGCAGAAUGGCUUAUGGAGAACAGGGAGAAGAUAGAAAAUGGAGUGGAGAUCCUAGGCCAAGGCUGUAAGAUCCUGGCAGCCACUGUAGGCCAGUUCAAUCCCAUCCUGGAGGCAGUAUUUAAUGUCUCGGCUGAGCUCCUAAGCAACCCAGAGGGCAAAGAGGCUAAGUAUCUUGCUAAGCAGUUUGACAAGGUCAAUCAGAAUUUGGAAAAUGUCCAGAGUGAGAUCAAGAAAACAGAGCUGGCGAUGCAGCGAUCAUUGUUGAACAUCCAGAACUUCAAGUUUAAUGCAAACAUUAUCUGCCAGUAUGAAAAGUUUAAAUAUAUUUUCACAGCUAAACCUGAGUUUAAGAAGUUGAAGAAAGAAGAGUUUCUCAUCCACUUUGAGCAGUAUGAGAGAGACAAGAACCUUGAUUGCUUGUAUGAUGCUAUCGUGAAAGAGAAUCUGGAAUCUGGACAGACAAUGCUGGACACUAUAGUGGCCACUGAGGAGCGGAGCAGGAGGGCAGUGGAGGAAUUCUGUGCUAGCCUGAAGAAGGUGCUUGUGGUUGGGAUCAUUUCACUGAUGGGCUACGCUGCACUAAAGGAAGGCACCGUGGAAGAGGAAUUGGCGAAGAAAUGGCUCGCACGCAUGGAGGAGGUGGAGACGCGCAUGAAGGCAGCAGUGGGUGAAUGUGUGAACAACUUCUCUGAGCAAGCCAAGAUUGAUAUAGAUGAGAAAGUCAAGGAGAAGCAGAGCAGUGACGACCCUGACCCUCAAUUCAUACUGGAUGCUCUUGUGGAGAAGUAUUACUGGGUCUCCUGGUCAGUCCGGGUGUUUAAAGAUGAUGAAACCAAAUUUGGGAAGUUUCUGUUUGGCAAGCAGCACCAUGUAAAUGGUGGAAGUGACAAUUAUUUUGAAUAUUUCUGCAACGAUAAUAUAAGGAUUGUGGUGUCUUUCACUGCAGACCCUAAACCACUCAACAAGAACCAGAUAAAGGAUCAAAUAGAGAAUGAGAAAGGUGGCGUGGAGGCUGUGGCUGAGUCCCUGAGCAAGAGUUUUCCCAACUGCUUUGUCCAUACCAUCAGUCGCUCUAAGAAAGUGGAGGAAGCCAAUAAUUUCAAUCCUGAUGACUUUUAUUAUAUUUCUCACAAAAAUGCCCACAUUUGUAUCCACUCAGAAUAAUGGAAUGUAGAUCAGGCAAAAUAUAUUGC